AUGUCCCAAUCCGCUCCUACACCCAUCAACCACGAACACCCCCUCAUCGCUCCAAUCUCCGCCUUCGUAACAGAAUGCAUGAAGGACUAUGACCCCAGCCAUAACCCCGCACACAUCAACCGCGUCGUGAACCUCGCACUGCGAAUCCUCAAAUCCGAACAGGAACAGUCGACCAAGCCAGUGGACUAUCUUACCGUUCACCUCGCAGCCCUCCUACACGAUAUCAGUGACAGAAAAUACCUCCCCAAGGAGGCAAAGCAAGAUGCAAAUGCAAUCCCACCGCACAAGCUAGUUGAGCAUAUUCUUCUCACUCACGGCGCUGAGCCAGCUCUGGCCCAGCGGGUGCAGACGAUUGUCUCGCAUGUGUCGUAUACGACGGAGUGUAAAGACCCACAGGCUGUGAGGGAGUUGAUCUAUGAGGACGGACUCGUUGAGCUGGCGAUUGUGCAAGAUGCGGAUCGACUGGAUGCUUUGGGUGCUGUGGGGAUUGGGCGGUGUUUUACGUUUCUAGGUGCGAAGGGGAGAGAUAUGUUGAAGGAGGGAGAGGCAUGGGAGAUGGAGAAUUCCAUUAGGCAUUUCGGGGAGAAGCUGGAGAGGUUGGAAGGGAUGAUGAAGACGGCUACGGGGAGGAGGAUGGCUAGGGUGAGGACGGAGAGGUUGGUGGAGUUUAGGAAAUGGUGGGAAGAGGAGAUGGAGGAUGUGUCUUCUACUUAG